CCAGCGUGCCCCGCGGUGGAUAUCAGUUUAAUAGUUGAAGCCUACUUGUGACUACUUUGACAUAGCUAACUGUACAAUGUUACCUGUUUACCCAGUAAACUAACACAUGUGUAUUAAACUUAACAACCCCUCCUCUUCGUGAGCGAUGUAUUUGUGAAUUUCAAAAGAGGAACACUGCAAUAUACAAGUAAUGGCGACCCCCACCUCCCCCCGGGCUGUGGAAAGACAAAAGGCAAGACUGGCAAAACUGGAGGAAAAAUGGAAUAUUCUCUUUAACCAGAAAACGAGGGCGCCAAUAUACAGUAUGGUAAUGUAUAUAGAGCACCUCCAACAGUACUGCAGUAGAGAAAGCAAUUUCUUGUCCAACACUGGUCAAAACAAUCAAGGCUCUACCCAUCCGGUGUCCUACUUCCUGCAAAAACUCACACUGGACCUCAAAAUGUCCUACCAAUGGUUUAUCGAAGACUUUUGCAAGAAAGAUAACGACGGUCUAACGUUAUUGUUGACGUUGUUACGAAACAUUCAGAAGACUACGAAAGAAAUGACGUCAGUACCGUCAAAAGAAAGAGCACAAAUCAGAAAACGAUUACUGACCGACGAAUAUGAUUGCUUGGUCUGCAUUAAAUUUUGCCUCCGUGCCCAGGCUGCAAGUAAAAUACUACUGGAUUCGACGUACGGACUAGAAAGCGUCGCUUCUGCGCUAAUGAGUUCGCACACGAAGUCAAGAGUCGCCGCACUAGAGAUAAUGAGCCUAAUUCUAAGGGAACCCGGCGGAUUUAGCAGAAAUAUCGACUGCUUCACCUACUUCCGAUUGAAAAACUGCGAACCUGUUCGAUUUAAAUUCCUUGUCAACAUGCUGAUGUCACGUUCUGAUGGACCACUUUCCUUUCAGGUGUGCUGCAUGAGAUUUUUGAAUUCUUUGAUCACCUUUGCUCCUAAUUCAAAUAUCAAAGUUUUCCUGCAGACUGAGUUAGAAAUGGCUGGGGUGGAUCCAAAGCUUCUCAUACUGAUGACUGAGGACAGCAAAGCUCAGGAGAAAGAUGAUCUUGUUAGAGAAAUAAUGGACUUUCAAAACAGCAAAAUUGAUGUUGACACGGUUAUUGAAACAAAUAGGACACUGCAUGAAAAGAUUUCAACACUGAGAAAUCAGAUAAAGACAGACAAGCUGCUAUCAACGAAAACAAAGCCUGCUCCACCACCGCCUCCACCGCCACCACCACCUCUCUAUCACCAGCCUCGAUCUCAACAUAUUGCCACUGAGCCUGCGCAGGCUGAAAAAUAUCUCCAUAAUAACCCUUCAGUAACUGUUAAUGUCGAUGUUCAUUUACAAAGUGUUCAUGAUCAGAACUCGGCAUUGCAGACACUUUCAUCAUGCCUACAAGAACUGAAAGCCAUGAAAAGCAAUGAUAAAAUUCAACAAGAAAAUGGGGAGUGCAAUGAAUCUAAAGACGAAAAGAUUCCCUUUUCUUCAAGAGCAAAAAUGCCGUACUUGAAUUGGGCUGUUAUAGGUGAUGUGGAAAACACCAUGUUCAAGAGUCUUAAUUAUGAAAGAGUGCUGGAAGAGAUCGAAUUGUUUGAACUAGUGGAGAGCUUUAAGAUUGGACAGGAACAAAAACAAGACUAUCCUAAGCCUCUCAAGGGAGGAAUUUCAAAAAUUCAUUUUAUGGAAUCUUCAAGAGCCAAGAACCUUUCCAUUUUGCAGAAAAGAAUCGGACGAUCUCCAGUCGAGAUAAAAGGAUUCAUUGAAGAGUAUGAUACAGACUCUCUCUCAGCAGACAAUGCCGAAUUACUCCUGAAGUUCAUUCCAACUGAGAACGAGAUGAGGACUAUCAUGGAGCUGGAGUUUGAACUGGAAGAUCUGGAUGAAGCAGAACAAAUGUUGGUUCAAUUAAUGGCGAUUGCUAGACUUGAGGAACGGCUUCGUCUUAUGAUUUUUAUGGACAGUUUUCCUCGCGUGGCGGAAACACUUCUCUCACCAAUCGCAGAUUUAAUGAACAUCUCCACAAGAUUGCUUCGAUGUACGAAAUUGAAGAAAAUUUUCGAGAUUAUUUUGGCGGUUGGGAAUUUCAUUAACGGAAACAGAAAACAAGCCAUUGGAUUCAGGGUGGCAUCUUUACCGCUGUUAGAGCAAAUUCGGUCUGGAGAUAGGUCCUUGACAUUGCUGGAGUAUAUCGCAGAGAUUGUUGUACGUCACUAUCAUGACUCCCACGAUUGGUAUAGUGACCUUGACAUUCAUCACACCAAUUCAGCAUCAUUUCAAUCAUUGGUAUCAUCUGUUAAAGAGAUGAAUACUGGUAUGACCAUUUUACAGCAAGAAAUCAACGAAACCUCUUGUCAACGUCUGAUUCUCUUCCAGAGAGAGAUUUCACCUAUGUGUAGCAAAAUUCAGAGAGAGUUUAAAGAAAUGGAAACAGCAUAUUGUUCAGUGUGUACCAUGUUUGGAGAGAAUUCCACCGAGUUAGACUCUCAGGAGUUCUUUAAUGUUAUACACAAUUUUGCAGAAUCAUACAAGAAAGCUGAUAAAAAGUUGAGUAGACAAAGAUGGCGGAAAGGAAUCAUUCUAUCGAAGACAAACUAUAUCAAACCACCGGUUGUAAAUGUUGAAAUGGAGGAAGCUCGGUCUCCAGAAUCGACCACUUCUCCUGAAUUUGUCUCUCACAAUUCUACCACUCCUCCUGCAAACAACGUUCUUUCACCGGGCUAUGCCCAACUAGACGACAAAGUGGAACAGCAUGAAAAGGUCUUUACUUUUGAAAAUUGUGAUAUUGCUGAUAAGGAAAUAGUUACUUUGAGUGAUCAGAGCAUAGAAGACUGGGUUGUGAACAGUCCGCAUCCUUCCGCGUGUACAGACGUUUUACGAGAAGAAUCUGUCGCAAGAAUAAAAAACUUAGAUCCACCAAAAGAAGAGGAUGAUAGUAUAUUUGACUAUGAUACUGCAAGUGAAGACAGUGCAUUUGUUGGAUCGGAGGGUCAGUAUCUCAGAUCUUCCACCAGCAGAACUUUUGCCUUCACUGGCCAUGUCUUACAAAAUGACAACUACCACAGUGUACUACGGAAGCCGAGUCCUCCGCCGGAACCACUUCCGGAUUAUUCCGUCUGCGGAACUCUCAGGAUCGAGGACGAUGUAGAGCGGGUAUUGAAUGACUUUGAUGGGAAAUUAAAUGAAUACUGUACGAUAUCCAAUGUAGCUGUUCACAAGGGUUAUAUAGAUAUGAGGUCUGAAAUUUACAUCUAAGAA